AAAGGAUGCACUGUUGAGACAGGCAAUACAUGCAUUGUUUUCCCUGUAAUGCAGUCAGGAUCUCCAUAGCAAAAUUUAGUGUGUUUUUUGAAAUCUUAUUUUAUAUAUUUUGUCACCAUCAGCAGUUGAACUAAAGUAGGAACAGCUCCAUUCUAUCAGGGGUUAAAUUAUUCUCCGUGUAGAUCUAGUGGUGAUGUAUAAAUUGCAGCCUUUUCUUUUUUUCAAAGGAUUCUAAAAUAGGUUUUCAGAAUUAGCGCUGGAUUUUUGCUUCUGCAUGUGUGGUGACUCUUGAUUCUUCCCCUUUGGAGAAGCAUCCUUUGCAGCAUUCCCCCUUCCGAGGAAUCACUUAGACACUUCCAGCUGGUGGCAGGGGAUACAGCCAUAAUACAGCUUCCUCUGUCCCAGCUGUCUUCUUCACUACGGUAAAUGCAUUACGAUGGCUGUACUCUCCUGUAAAGGUUCAGGUAGAGGAAGGUGUAGGAUGAAGUCCGGACACCAUCAUUUGGGUUUUUAAAAGCUUCAGCUUCUCCAGCAUCUUUGCAUUGUGAAUAUCUUCCUGCUUCUAGUCAAAGCUUUCUCUCUAGUGAUUGGAAUGCUGCCGUAAGCCUGAUUAAAGGUGCCUGAGGAUAUCACCUUUUACAAGGAAGCCGUGCGUGCUUGAGAGGAUCUUUUUAAAUGCAUUAUGGCUCAUGCAGCCUCACAAUUAAAGAAAAACAGGGAUUUAGAAAUCAAUGCUGAAGAAGAGCCUGAGAAAAAAAGGAAACACCGCAAACGGUCCCGGGAUCGGAAGAAAAAGUCUGAUGCCAAUGCAAGUUACUUAAGAGCAGCUCGAGCUGGACACCUUGAAAAGGCCCUCGACUACAUAAAAAAUGGAGUUGACAUCAACAUUUGCAAUCAGAAUGGGUUGAACGCUCUCCACCUUGCUUCCAAAGAAGGCCAUGUAGAAGUUGUUUCUGAGCUGCUGCAGAGAGAAGCCAAUGUGGAUGCAGCUACAAAGAAAGGAAACACAGCAUUGCACAUCGCAUCUUUGGCUGGGCAAGCAGAGGUGGUAAAAGUCUUGGUUACAAAUGGAGCCAAUGUCAAUGCACAAUCUCAGAAUGGUUUCACACCAUUAUAUAUGGCAGCCCAGGAAAAUCACCUGGAAGUUGUCAAGUUUCUUCUUGACAAUGGUGCAAGCCAGAGCCUAGCCACAGAGGAUGGCUUCACACCAUUGGCAGUGGCUUUGCAACAAGGUCACGACCAAGUCGUUUCGCUCCUGCUAGAGAAUGACACCAAAGGAAAAGUGCGUCUCCCAGCUCUUCAUAUCGCAGCCCGAAAAGACGACACGAAAGCCGCAGCCCUGCUGCUGCAGAAUGACAACAAUGCAGAUGUGGAAUCAAAGAGUGGCUUCACUCCGCUCCACAUAGCUGCGCACUAUGGAAAUAUCAAUGUAGCCACGUUGCUGUUAAACCGAGCGGCUGCUGUGGACUUCACCGCAAGGAAUGACAUCACUCCUUUACAUGUUGCAUCAAAAAGAGGAAAUGCAAAUAUGGUAAAACUAUUGCUCGAUCGAGGAGCUAAAAUCGAUGCCAAAACCAGGGAUGGUCUGACACCCCUGCACUGUGGAGCAAGGAGUGGCCAUGAGCAGGUGGUAGAAAUGUUGCUUGAUCGAGCUGCCCCCAUUCUUUCAAAAACCAAGAAUGGAUUGUCUCCAUUGCACAUGGCCACACAAGGGGAUCAUUUAAACUGUGUCCAGCUUCUCCUCCAGCAUAAUGUACCCGUGGAUGAUGUCACCAAUGAUUACCUGACUGCCCUACACGUGGCUGCCCACUGUGGCCAUUACAAAGUUGCCAAGGUUCUCUUGGAUAAGAAAGCUAACCCCAAUGCCAAAGCCCUGAAUGGCUUUACCCCUCUUCAUAUUGCCUGCAAGAAGAAUCGAAUUAAAGUAAUGGAACUCCUUCUGAAACACGGUGCAUCCAUCCAAGCUGUAACCGAGUCGGGACUUACCCCAAUCCAUGUUGCUGCCUUCAUGGGGCAUGUAAAUAUUGUAUCACAACUAAUGCAUCAUGGAGCCUCACCAAACACCACCAAUGUGAGAGGAGAAACAGCACUGCACAUGGCAGCUCGCUCCGGCCAAGCUGAAGUUGUGCGGUAUCUGGUACAAGACGGAGCUCAGGUAGAAGCUAAAGCUAAGGAUGACCAAACCCCACUCCACAUUUCAGCCCGACUGGGGAAAGCAGACAUAGUACAACAGCUAUUGCAGCAAGGGGCAUCUCCAAAUGCAGCCACAACUUCUGGGUACACCCCACUUCACCUUUCCGCCCGAGAGGGGCAUGAGGAUGUGGCUGCGUUCCUUUUGGAUCAUGGAGCGUCUUUAUCUAUAACAACAAAGAAAGGAUUUACUCCUCUUCAUGUGGCAGCAAAAUAUGGAAAGCUUGAAGUCGCCAAUCUCCUGCUACAGAAAAGUGCAUCUCCAGAUGCUGCUGGGAAGAGCGGGCUAACACCACUGCAUGUAGCUGCACAUUACGAUAAUCAGAAAGUGGCCCUUCUGCUUUUGGACCAAGGAGCCUCACCUCACGCAGCCGCAAAGAAUGGUUAUACGCCACUGCACAUCGCUGCCAAAAAGAACCAGAUGGACAUAGCGACAACUCUGCUGGAAUAUGGUGCUGAUGCCAACGCAGUUACCCGGCAAGGAAUUGCUUCCGUCCAUCUCGCAGCUCAGGAAGGGCACGUGGACAUGGUGUCGCUGCUCCUCGGUAGAAAUGCAAAUGUGAACCUGAGCAAUAAGAGCGGCCUGACCCCACUCCAUUUGGCUGCUCAAGAAGAUCGAGUGAAUGUGGCAGAAGUCCUCGUAAACCAAGGGGCUCAUGUGGAUGCCCAGACAAAGAUGGGAUACACACCACUGCAUGUGGGCUGCCACUAUGGAAAUAUCAAGAUUGUUAAUUUCCUGCUCCAGCAUUCUGCAAAAGUUAAUGCCAAAACAAAGAAUGGGUAUACGCCAUUACAUCAAGCAGCACAGCAGGGGCAUACGCAUAUAAUAAAUGUCUUACUUCAGAACAAUGCCUCCCCCAAUGAACUCACUGUGAAUGGGAAUACUGCCCUUGGCAUUGCCCGGCGCCUCGGCUACAUCUCAGUAGUGGACACCCUGAAGAUAGUGACCGAAGAGACCAUGACCACAACUACUGUCACAGAGAAGCAUAAAAUGAAUGUUCCAGAAACGAUGAAUGAAGUUCUUGAUAUGUCUGAUGAUGAAGUUCGUAAAGCCAAUGCCCCUGAAAUGCUCAGUGAUGGCGAAUAUAUCUCAGAUGUUGAAGAAGGUGAAGAUGCAAUGACCGGGGACACAGACAAAUAUCUUGGGCCACAAGACCUUAAGGAAUUGGGUGAUGAUUCCCUGCCUGCAGAGGGUUACAUGGGCUUUAGUCUCGGAGCACGUUCUGCCAGCCUCCGCUCCUUCAGUUCGGAUAGGUCUUACACCUUGAACAGAAGCUCCUAUGCACGGGACAGCAUGAUGAUUGAAGAACUCCUUGUGCCAUCCAAAGAGCAGCAUCUAACAUUCACAAGGGAAUUUGAUUCAGAUUCUCUUAGACAUUACAGCUGGGCUGCAGACACCUUAGACAAUGUCAAUCUUGUUUCAAGCCCCAUUCAUUCUGGGUUUCUGGUUAGCUUUAUGGUGGACGCGAGAGGGGGCUCCAUGAGAGGAAGUCGUCAUCACGGGAUGAGAAUCAUCAUUCCUCCACGCAAGUGUACGGCCCCCACUCGAAUCACCUGCCGUUUGGUAAAGAGACAUAAACUGGCCAACCCACCCCCCAUGGUGGAAGGAGAGGGAUUAGCCAGUAGGCUGGUAGAAAUGGGUCCUGCAGGGGCACAAUUUUUAGGCCCUGUCAUAGUGGAAAUCCCUCACUUUGGGUCCAUGAGAGGAAAAGAGAGAGAACUCAUUGUUCUUCGAAGUGAAAAUGGUGAAACUUGGAAGGAGCAUCAGUUUGACAGCAAAAAUGAAGAUUUAACCGAGUUACUUAAUGGCAUGGAUGAAGAACUUGAUAGCCCAGAAGAGUUAGGGAAAAAGCGUAUCUGCAGGAUUAUCACGAAAGAUUUCCCCCAGUAUUUUGCAGUGGUUUCCCGGAUUAAGCAGGAAAGCAACCAGAUUGGUCCUGAAGGUGGAAUUCUGAGCAGCACCACAGUGCCCCUUGUUCAAGCAUCUUUCCCAGAGGGUGCCCUAACUAAAAGAAUUCGAGUGGGCCUCCAGGCCCAGCCUGUUCCAGAUGAAACUGUGAAAAAGAUCCUUGGAAACAAAGCAACAUUUAGCCCAAUUGUCACUGUGGAACCAAGAAGACGGAAAUUCCAUAAACCAAUCACAAUGACCAUUCCGGUGCCCCCGCCCUCAGGAGAAGGUGUAUCCAAUGGAUACAAAGGGGACACUACACCCAAUCUGCGUCUUCUCUGUAGCAUUACAGGGGGCACUUCGCCUGCUCAGUGGGAAGACAUCACAGGAACAACUCCUUUGACGUUUAUAAAAGAUUGUGUCUCCUUUACAACCAAUGUUUCAGCCAGAUUUUGGCUUGCAGACUGCCAUCAAGUUUUAGAAACUGUGGGGUUAGCCACGCAACUGUACAGAGAAUUGAUAUGUGUUCCAUAUAUGGCCAAGUUUGUUGUUUUUGCCAAAAUGAAUGAUCCCGUAGAAUCUUCCUUGCGAUGUUUCUGCAUGACAGAUGACAAAGUGGACAAAACUUUAGAGCAACAAGAGAAUUUUGAGGAAGUCGCAAGAAGCAAAGAUAUUGAGGUUCUGGAAGGAAAACCUAUUUAUGUUGAUUGUUAUGGAAAUUUGGCCCCACUUACCAAAGGAGGACAGCAACUUGUUUUUAACUUUUAUUCUUUCAAAGAAAAUAGACUGCCAUUUUCCAUCAAGAUUAGAGACACCAGCCAAGAGCCCUGUGGUCGUCUGUCUUUUCUGAAAGAACCAAAGACAACAAAAGGACUGCCUCAAACAGCGGUUUGCAACUUAAAUAUCACUCUGCCAGCACAUAAAAAGGAGACAGAGUCAGAUCAAGAUGAUGAGAUUGAGAAAACAGAUAGACGACAGAGCUUCGCAUCCUUAGCUUUACGUAAGCGCUACAGCUACUUGACUGAGCCUGGAAUGAUUGAACGGAGUACAGGAGCAACAAGAUCCCUCCCCACCACUUACUCAUACAAGCCAUUCUUUUCUACAAGACCAUACCAGUCCUGGACAACAGCUCCGAUUACAGUGCCCGGGCCAGCCAAGUCAGGCUUCACUUCCUUGUCAAGUUCUUCCUCUAAUACGCCAUCAGCUUCUCCGUUAAAAUCAAUAUGGUCUGUUUCGACUCCUUCUCCAAUCAAAUCCACAUUAGGCGCGUCAACUACAUCUUCAGUUAAAUCCAUUAGUGACGUGGCAUCUCCAAUUAGAUCCUUUCGGACAAUGUCUUCGCCGAUAAAAACUGUGGUGUCACAAUCUCCAUACAAUAUCCAAGUUUCCUCUGGUACCCUGGCUAGAGCUCCAGCAGUCAUGGAAGCUACGCCCUUAAAAGGGCUGGCAUCCAAUUCUACGUUUUCCUCUCGAACCUCUCCAGUGACUACAGCAGGGUCUCUUUUGGAGAGGUCAUCAAUUACUAUGACACCCCCUGCCUCCCCCAAAUCAAACAUUAAUAUGUAUUCCUCAAGUUUGCCAUUUAAGUCAAUUAUUACAUCAGCAGCACCGCUAAUAUCUUCACCUUUAAAGUCAGUGGUGUCUCCAGUUAAAUCAGCAGUUGAUGUCAUUUCAUCAGCCAAAGUUACAAUGGCAUCUUCUCUCUCAUCACCUGUGAAGCAGAUGCCUGGACAUGCAGAGGUAGCACUAGUCAAUGGAUCUAUUUCCCCUCUAAAAUAUCCAUCAUCCUCAACUUUAAUUAAUGGAUGCAAAGCCACUGCCACGUUACAGGAAAAAAUUUCUUCUGCUACAAACUCUGUGAGCUCUGUGGUCAGUGCAGCCACUGACACAGUUGAGAAAGUGUUUUCUACCACGACUGCAAUGCCAUUUUCCCCACUCAGGUCAUAUGUUUCUGCAGCACCAUCAGCUUUUCAGUCUCUAAGAACUCCUUCCGCAAGUGCACUCUAUACAUCCCUUGGGUCGUCAAUAUCUGCAACUACCUCAUCUGUAACUUCAUCAAUUAUAACAGUGCCAGUAUACUCUGUAGUCAAUGUUUUGCCAGAACCAGCAUUAAAGAAACUUCCAGACUCUAAUUCAUUUACAAAAUCAGCAGCAGCCUUGCUGUCACCCAUUAAAACAUUGACUACGGAGACACAUCCUCAGCCUCACUUCAGUCGAACUUCAUCUCCAGUUAAGUCAUCUUUGUUCCUUGCACCCUCUGCCCUUAAGUUGUCUACACCAUCUUCUUUAUCUUCCAGUCAGGAGAUACUAAAAGAUGUAGCUGAAAUGAAAGAGGACCUAAUGCGGAUGACCGCAAUACUACAGACAGAUGUGCCUGAGGAGAAGCCGUUCCAACCUGAACUCCCAAAGGAAGGGAGAAUCGAUGAUGAAGAACCUUUCAAAAUUGUAGAGAAAGUAAAGGAAGACUUAGUGAAAGUUAGUGAAAUCCUUAAAAAGGAUGUAUGUGUAGAUAAUAAAGGAUCACCCAAAUCACCAAAGAGUGACAAAGGACACUCUCCUGAAGAUGACUGGAUAGAAUUUAGUUCGGAAGAAAUCCGGGAAGCCAGACAACAAGCUGCUGCGAGCCAGUCUCCAUCUCUGCCAGAGAGAGUGCAAGUAAAAGCAAAAGCCGCCUCCGAAAAGGAUUAUAACUUGACCAAAGUUAUUGAUUACCUAACAAAUGAUAUUGGGAGUAGUUCACUGACAAACUUAAAAUACAAGUUUGAGGAUGCAAAGAAGGAUGGUGAGGAGAGACAGAAAAGAGUUUUAAAACCAGCAAUUGCUUUGCAGGAACACAAACUCAAAAUGCCUCCAGCCUCCAUGAGGCCUUCCACCUCUGAGAAAGAAUUGUGUAAAAUGGCUGAUUCCUUUUUUGGAACAGAUACUAUUUUAGAGUCUCCUGAUGACUUUUCUCAACACGACCAAGAUAAAAGUCCCUUGUCUGACAGUGGCUUUGAAACAAGAAGUGAAAAGACACCUUCAGCCCCACAAAGCGCUGAAAGCACUGGUCCUAAACCACUUUUUCAUGAAGUUCCCAUCCCUCCUGUCAUUACAGAAACAAGAACUGAAGUGGUUCAUGUUAUCAGGAGCUAUGAGCCCUCAGCUGGGGAUGUUCCCCAGACCCAACCAGAGGAGCCUGUGUCACCUAAACCUUCACCUACUUUUAUGGAAUUGGAGCCAAAGCCCACCACCUCUAGUAUUAAAGAAAAAGUUAAAGCGUUUCAAAUGAAAGCCAGUAGCGAAGAAGAUGACCACAAUCGGGUUUUAAGCAAAGGCAUGCGUGUUAAAGAAGAGACUCACAUAACCACAACCACCAGAAUGGUUUAUCAUUCUCCACCAGGCGGUGAAGGUGCAUCUGAAAGAAUUGAAGAAACCAUGUCAGUCCAUGACAUCAUGAAGGCCUUUCAGUCCGGGCGGGAUCCUUCCAAAGAACUGGCAGGUCUGUUUGAACAUAAGUCGGCAGUGUCUCCAGAUGUUCACAAGUCUGCUGCUGAAACCUCAGCCCAGCAUGCAGAGAAGGACAACCAAAUGAAACCCAAACUGGAGCGUAUAAUAGAAGUCCACAUCGAAAAAGGUAACCAAGCUGAGCCCACUGAAGUCAUUAUUAGAGAAACCAAAAAGCAUCCAGAAAAAGAAAUGUAUGUAUAUCAGAAAGACUUAUCCCGGGGAGAUAUUAACCUAAAAGAUUUUCUGCCAGAAAAACACGAUGCUUUUCCUUGUUCAGAGGAACAGGGUCAGCAAGAAGAAGAAGAACUUACUGCUGAAGAGUCAUUGCCUUCUUAUCUGGAGUCUUCCAGAGUAAACACUCCUGUGUCCCAAGAAGAAGAUAGCCGCCCUAGUUCUGCUCAACUCAUAUCUGAUGACUCUUAUAAAACAUUGAAGCUUUUGAGUCAACACUCAAUAGAAUACCAUGACGAUGAGUUGUCAGAACUAAGAGGGGAGUCUUACAGGUUUGCUGAGAAAAUGCUUCUGUCAGAAAAGCUAGAUGUGUCUCAUUCUGAUACUGAGGAAUCGGUUACAGACCAUGCAGGACCCCCUAGCUCAGAGUUACAGGGGUCUGAUAAGCGGUCCAGAGAAAAAAUAGCCACUGCCCCCAAAAAAGAAAUUCUCUCCAAAAUCUAUAAAGAUGUUUCUGAAAAUGGUGUAGGUAAAGUGUCUAAAGAUGAGCAUUUUGAUAAAGUGACAGUGUUGCACUAUUCUGGCAAUGUUAGUAGUCCAAAACAUGCCAUGUGGAUGCGCUUUACUGAGGACAGAUUAGACAGAGGUAGAGAGAAGUUGAUAUAUGAAGAUAGGGUGGACAGGACUGUGAAGGAGGCUGAAGAAAAACUGACUGAAGUGUCACAGUUUUUUCGUGACAAAACUGAAAAGCUAAAUGAUGAACUGCAGUCCCCAGAGAAAAAGGCACGCCCUAAAAAUGGCAAAGAAUAUUCUUCUCAAAGCCCUACCAGUAGCAGCCCUGAGAAAGUGCUACUGACAGAACUGCUGGCAUCCAGUGAUGAGUGGGUUAAGGCAAGACAGCAUGGCCCUGAUGGACAAGGCUUCCCCAAGGCCGAGGAGAAGGCACCCAGUCUGCCCAGCAGCCCAGAGAAGAUGGUUCUCUCCCAACAGACUGAGGACAGCAAGUCCACAGUGGAAGCCAAAGGAAGUAUUUCACAGAGCAAAGCACCAGAUGGGCCCCAGUCUGGAUUCCAGCUCAAACAAUCUAAACUCAGUUCCAUUAGAUUAAAAUUUGAACAAGGCACACACGCAAAAAGUAAGGACAUGUCUCAAGAAGACAGAAAGUCAGAUGGCCAGUCCAGAAUCCCAGUUAAAAAAAUACAGGAGAGCAAGCUACCCGUCUACCAAGUUUUUGCUAGAGAAAAACAGCAGAAGGCCAUAGACCUCCCAGAUGAAGGUGUAUCUGUGCAAAAAGAUUUUAUGGUAUUAAAAGCCAAAGAUGAGCAUGCCCAAAGCAACGAAAUUGUUGUAAAUGAUUCUGGCUCUGAUAAUGUGAAAAAACAGAGAACUGAAAUGUCAAGUAAAGCAAUGCCUGACUCUUUUUCUGAGCAGCAGGCUAAAGACUUGGCAUGUCAUAUAACCUCAGAUUUAGCAACUAGGGGACCAUGGGACAAAAAGGUCUUUAGAACAUGGGAGAGUUCGGGAGCCACUAACAAUAAGUCUCAGAAAGAAAAACUUUCGCAUGUGCUUGUUCAUGAUGUAAGAGAGAAUCACAUUGGUCACCCUGAGAGUAAAAGUGUUGAUCAAAAGAAUGAAUUUAUGUCUGUGACUGAGAGAGAACACAAAUUGUUAACAAACGGCUCUCUCUCAGAAAUUAAAGAAAUGACUGUAAAAUCUCCCUCCAAAAAAGUCUUAUAUAGGGAAUAUGUUGUGAAAGAAGGGGACCAUCCAGGUGGAUUGCUUGAUCAGCCUUCCAGGAGGAGCGAGAGCUCAGCAGUGUCACACAUUCCCGUCAGAGUUGCUGAUGAGAGGAGAAUGCUGUCUUCUAAUAUUCCCGAUGGUUUUUGUGAACAGUCGGCAUUUCCAAAACAUGAACUAUCACAAAAAUUGUCCCAGUCAAGCAUGAGUAAAGAGACAGUUGAGACACAGCACUUUAAUUCUAUAGAAGAUGAAAAAGUUACCUAUUCAGAAAUCAGCAAAGUUUCCAAACACCAGAGUUAUGUAGGUUUAUGCCCUCCUCUCGAGGAAACCGAAACCUCCCCCACCAAAUCUCCUGAUUCUUUAGAGUUUAGCCCAGGAAAGGAAUCUCCCUCUAGUGAUGUAUUCGACCACAGUCCCAUUGAUGGAUUGGAAAAACUCGCACCACUAGCCCAGACAGAGGGAGGGAAAGAGAUAAAAACUUUACCCGUUUAUGUCAGUUUUGUACAAGUGGGGAAGCAAUAUGAAAAGGAGAUACAACAAGGAAGUGUAAAAAAAAUCAUAAGUCAGGAAUGUAAGACAGUACAAGAAACCAGGGGGACCUUUUAUACAACUAGACAGCAAAAGCAACCUCCUUCUCCCCAAGGUAGUCCAGAAGAUGAUACUCUAGAGCAAGUAUCCUUUCUAGACAGCUCUGGGAAAAGCCCUUUAACCCCAGAAACACCCAGCUCAGAGGAAGUGAGUUAUGAAUUUACAUCUAAGACACCUGACUCGCUCAUAGCUUAUAUACCAGGCAAACCCAGCCCAAUUCCCGAGGUUUCUGAGGAGUCAGAGGAGGAGGAACAGGCCAAGUCAACCUCCCUUAAGCAGACUACAGUGGAGGAAACAGCAGUCGAGCGUGAAAUGCCUAAUGACGUGAGCAAAGACUCUAACCAAAGACCCAAAAAUAACAGAGUUGCCUAUAUUGAAUUUCCCCCUCCUCCACCACUGGAUGCGGACCAGAUUGAGUCAGAUAAGAAGCAUCAUUAUCUCCCAGAAAAAGAGGUUGACAUGAUUGAAGUCAAUCUGCAAGAUGAGCAUGACAAGUACCAGCUGGCUGAACCUGUCAUUAGAGUGCAGCCACCUUCACCAGUUCCUCCCGGGGCAGACGUCAGUGAUUCAAGCGAUGACGAAUCUAUUUAUCAGCCAGUCCCAGUUAAAAAAUAUACCUUCAAAUUAAAGGAAGUGGACGAUGAACAAAAAGAAAAAUCCAAAGCUUCUGCUGAAAAGGCUUCCAACCAGAAAGAACUGGAAAGUAAUGGAUCUGGAAAAGAUAAUGAAUUUGGCCUUGGCCUUGAUUCACCUCAGAAUGAAAUUGCCCAGAAUGGGAACAACGACCAGUCCAUCACAGAGUGUUCCAUUGCCACCACAGCAGAGUUUUCUCAUGACACGGAUGCCACAGAGAUCGACUCUCUGGAUGGCUAUGACCUGCAAGAUGAAGAUGAUGGCUUGACAGAGAGUGAUUCUAAACUCCCAAUUCAAGCCAUGGAAAUUAAGAAAGAUAUCUGGAACACAGAGGGCAUACUGAAGCCAGCUGACCGCUCUUUUAGCCAAAGUAAACUUGAAGUUAUCGAGGAGGAGGGAAAGGUGGGACCAGAUGAGGACAAGCCACCUUCUAAAAGUUCUUCAUCUGAAAAGACUCCUGAUAAGACUGAUCAGAAGUCAGGGGCCCAGUUCUUCACACUGGAAGGCAGACAUCCUGACAGAUCAGUGUUUCCUGAUACUUACUUCAGUUACAAAGUAGAUGAAGAAUUUGCCACUCCUUUUAAAACAGUAGCUACCAAAGGUCUAGAUUUUGACCCUUGGUCUAAUAACCGAGGGGAUGAUGAAGUUUUUGACAGUAAAUCACGGGAAGAUGAAACUAAGCCAUUUGGGCUGGCGGUAGAAGACCGCUCUCCAGCAACAACCCCUGAUACAACGCCAGCCAGAACGCCAACUGAUGAAAGUACCCCAACUAGUGAGCCUAACCCCUUCCCAUUUCAUGAAGGAAAAAUGUUUGAGAUGACUCGCAGUGGUGCAAUUGACAUGAGCAAGAGGGAUUUUGUUGAAGAGAGGCUCCAAUUUUUCCAGAUUGGUGAGCAUACUUCUGAAGGGAAGUCAGGGGACCAGGGGGAAGGGGAUAAAAGUAUGGUCACUGCCACACCACAGCCACAGUCAGGGGACACCACUGUAGAAACCAAUCUAGAGAGAAAUGUAGAGACACCUACAGUGGAACCUAACCCCAGCAUCCCGACCAGCGGAGAGUGUCAGGAAGGCACAUCCAGUAGUGGCUCCCUGGAGAAAUCAGCAGCAGCCACUAGCACCUCUAAAGUUGACCCCAAGUUGCGCACGCCUAUAAAAAUGGGAAUUUCUGCAUCCACCAUGACCAUGAAGAAAGAAGGCCCUGGAGAAAUAACAGAUAAGAUAGAAGCGGUGAUGACCAGUUGUCAGGGAUUAGAAAAUGAAACUAUAACAAUGAUUUCAAAUACAGCCAAUAGCCAGAUGGGCGUUAGGCCCCAUGAGAAACAUGAUUUUCAAAAAGAUAACUUUAAUAACAACAACAAUUUGGAUUCUUCCACUAUACAGACAGAUAACAUUAUGAGUAAUAUAGUUCUGACAGAACAUUCUGCACCCACUUGUACCACAGAGAAAGAUAACCCAGUGAAAGUCUCAUCAGGAAAAAAGACAGGGGUACUACAAGGACACUGUGUAAGAGAUAAGCAGAAAGUUCUUGGAGAACAGCAAAAAACAAAGGAAUUGAUAGGGAUUAGGCAAAAAUCCAAACUUCCCAUAAAGGCCACUUCACCAAAAGAUACCUUCCCACCGAACCAUAUGUCAAACACUAAAGCAAGUAAAAUGAAGCAGGUUAGUCAAUCCGAGAAAACCAAAGCUCUUACUACUUCUUCAUGUGUAGAUGUAAAGUCCAGAAUUCCAGUGAAAAACACACACAGGGAUAACAUAAUUGCAGUUAGAAAAGCAUGUGCCACACAAAAGCAAGGGCAGCCAGAGAAAGGCAAGGCCAAACAGCUUCCAUCCAAGUUGCCAGUAAAGGUAAGAUCCACCUGUGUCACUACCACCACCACCACCACCACUGCCACCACCACCACCACUACCACCACCACCAGCUGCACAGUUAAAGUUAGGAAAAGUCAGCUCAAGGAAGUAUGUAAACAUUCCAUUGAAUAUUUUAAGGGAAUUAGUGGUGAGACCUUAAAGCUUGUGGACCGCCUCUCUGAAGAAGACAAAAAGAUGCAGUCCGAGUUGUCCGAUGAGGAAGAAAGUACCUCAAGAAACACGUCGUUGUCGUUGUCCGAGACUUCCCGGGGUGGCCAGCCUUCGGUUACAACGAAGUCUGCUAGAGAUAAGAAAACAGAGGCAGCACCUUUAAAAUCAAAGAGUGAAAAGGCCGGCAGUGAGAAAAGGAGCAGUAGAAGGACUGGUCCACAGAGUCCAUGUGAACGGACAGAUAUCAGGAUGGCAAUAGUAGCCGAUCACCUGGGACUUAGUUGGACAGAACUGGCAAGGGAACUGAAUUUUUCAGUGGAUGAAAUCAAUCAAAUACGUGUGGAAAAUCCAAAUUCUUUAAUUUCUCAGAGCUUCAUGUUAUUAAAAAAAUGGGUUACCAGAGACGGAAAAAAUGCCACAACUGAUGCCUUAACUUCGGUCUUGACAAAAAUUAAUCGAAUAGAUAUAGUGACACUGCUAGAAGGACCAAUAUUUGAUUAUGGAAAUAUUUCAGGCACCAGAAGUUUUGCAGAUGAGAACAAUGUUUUCCAUGACCCUGUUGAUGGUUGGCAGAAUGAGACAUCAAGUGGAAACCUAGAGUCCUGCGCUCAAGCUCGAAGAGUAACUGGUGGGUUACUAGAUCGACUGGAUGACAGCCCUGACCAGUGUAGAGAUUCCAUUACCUCAUAUCUCAAAGGAGAAGCUGGAAAAUUUGAAGCAAAUGGAAGCCAUACAGAAAUCACUCCAGAAGCAAAGACAAAAUCUUACUUUCCAGAAUCCCAAAAUGAUGUAGGAAAACAGAGUACCAAGGAAACUCUGAAACCAAAAAUACAUGGAUCUGGUCAUGUUGAAGAACCAGCAUCACCACUAGCAGCAUAUCAGAAAUCUCUAGAAGAAACCAGCAAGCUUAUAAUAGAAGAGACUAAACCCUGUGUGCCUAUCAGUAUGAAAAAGAUGAGUAGGACUUCUCCAGCAGAUGGCAAGCCAAGGCUUAACCUCCAUGAAGAAGAGGGGUCCAGUGGGUCUGAGCAAAAGGUCAAAAGUCCGGGUGCGGCUCUUACACGGAUGACUGCCUGCUGUUAUAAGGACUUGAAAGACAGUGAGAGUGAGUCAAGCUCAGAGGAAGAACGGAGAGUCACUACCCGAGUUAUUCGCCGGCGUUUGAUUAUAAAGGUAUCCUGUAGCUGGAUCAUUAUGUGGCAUUGCUCUACUAUUAGAAAUUCCUUCCUUGUGGUGGUGAAAUUUCAGCAUGCUUGAUAAAGAAAUGGCUUUGUGUAAUUUUUUUGCACCCUGGAAAGCUUGUAAAAACAACAACCAAAAAGAGAAGAAGCCAUGUUGCAUGGUAUUCUGUAUAGGCCUAUUUGAUAUGUGGCGGUUGUAGUUUUAUUUGAGAAUUCUUGGCAUUUGUAUCCUGCUUUCCUUGAAGAAGUGUCAUGUGAAUGAGCAAAGAUUCUGUCUUGGUGACACAGUAGUUCAUAUCAAAUGAAAUGUUCAAUUGAAACCUUAGAAACUGUAACAAGGUAUGAGGCACGAUAAAGAAGAAAGAGAAUGAAAGAAUUAAAAGGCUUCCUUCUCAGUCUCAAAUUCCUACUGCCUUAAGAAUUUUUAAAUGAAAACCAGUUCUUCAUAAGCAAUCAGUGGCUGAGAAUUUGAGGUUAUAACCUGGCAUGGAUAUAUGUGACACAAUGCAAGUCAAGUAAAAAAAAAAAAAAAAUCUGAAAUAGGUGUUUAACUUUACUAACACACAAGAAAAAAAUCAAGCUGCAUUUUUAAGUAUAGGAGUCAAUUUAAAAAAUAAAGGAAAAUAGAAUUCUUCCCUAUUAUGGCACAAUUGAAAACACUAUUAAUAAAUAUUCUGUCUUUCCUUCACAAAGGUCUGUUGAAGCACUUACCUUUUGCAUAGUAAGGUUCCACAGAAUGCUUCUUGUAGUCUCCCCCUUGUCUUCAUUACUUCGUCAUCAGAUCUUUCUUAGGGUUAGAAUAAUUGAGUUCAGAGAACUAGAAAGCCAUUUUCAAUGCGCAGACUUUUGAAUAUGAUCCAAAUAACUUGAGGCUUCUUGGUUACUGCCCUAGAGAGAAAGAGGAAGAGAAUAUCUAUUGGAAACCAUUUAUCAAACUUAUCCAAUCCCAAAGUGUCAAGAGACCCAACAGAAAGCACAGAAGUUGGCACAGGUGUCCAAAAUUUCUUAAUCCUGGUGCUUUUCACUUUUCAUGAAGAAACUCCACCAAAUCUGCCCUAAUACAGUUUUUCUAAGACUCUGCAAACAUUAGGGAAGAAAAUAAAUCGUUGUCUAAAUUUUGAGUUAUCCUGCAAAUCAGUUGUAAGCUCAAUAGGGUUCCUUUAAAAACCAUGAAUCACUUCUUUGAAAAUUCCAUGUAUAUAAGCAAGCCAAAUUACUUAUUGCUGUCUAGCACAUUUGCAAGUAUUUAACCUGCUAUCAGUAAAAUCCUCAUAAUCAGUCACCUCACACGUGUUCUCUGGGUUGGGGUGGGGGAAUGUUUGAUUCAGUUUUUCUGAGUUUUUGCUCUUCUCAUAAUCAGUGUCUUCAAGAUAUGAAAGUUUAAAGUGAAAGGUCUAGAAAAGCACAUAGUGCUUUGAACUUGUCUUUUAUGCUUAACAUAUCACAUACUAAUGUUACAUCUAAAUCCACCACCUUCCUUUAUAAUAGCUGCCCAUGAUAGAAGUUGACUUUCUUCUAUCCAGGACAAAAGAAAACAAAUAUAGCCAUGCAAAAAAAGUGGAAGGCGGGGAUAAAGAAGUUUUUCUCUGAGAAAACAAAAACAAUAACUAACUUCAAAACCUCUCAAAUCAAUAAGGGCUAUUUCCUUUGGUCUCCUAGAAUUCUAGAUAUGCACCAGCAAGUUAGCUAUUAAGUAAUUUUCUUAGAGUAAGUUAUCUUUGUUUUUCAGCUUAAAAUAUGAUUAUAACAUAUUAACAUAUUUAUUAAGAACUUAGGUUUAAAAGACAAAAAUCCACUAUAAUGUUGUAGGUUUCAUAAAAACAGGGGAGUCCGUAUUCUCCCCAAAUACUUUUUUUUUUGAGACGGAGUCUCGCUCUGUGGCCAGGCUGGAGUGCAGUGGUGUAAUCUCGGCUCACUGCAACCUCCACCUCCCCAGUUCAAGCAAUUCUCCUGCCCCAGCCUCCCAAGUAGCUGAGACUACAGGCGCGUGACACCACACCCGGCUAAUUUUUGUAUUUUUAAUAGAGAUGGGGUUUCACCAUGUUGGCCAGGAUGGUCUCGAUCUCUUGACCUCGUGAUCUGCCUGCCUUGGCCUCCCACAGUGCUGGGAUUACAGGCGUGAGCCACUGCGCCCAGACCCAUUACUUCUUGAAGUUAAUGUAAUUUUAGAGAGAUUGAGUGAAGUCAUCAGAGAAUAGGUUUUAUAACCGAGGAAGGCAUUGUAUAAACAAUAGGAUCAUUCACAAACAAGCUUUGAGAGAUAUCUUUCAUAUGAGAUGGAAAAACCAAAGGCUAAAAAAUAGUUAUAAUCAUCAUUGGAAGCUAUAGGUUUAACAAAAACACUUUAUAAAUUAUUUUUCUGUUGAGAUUUUUGGGGCAAUUGCAAAGAGUCACACUUCUGUUGCCUUUCUCUUUACUCCAUAUGUUGCUAUCUUUCUAAUGGAAAAGAGCUUGAGGACUAUAAUAGUAUGUGGUGAAUAUGACAUGGGAACCAUCUCUUGUCAAAAACAUAAAAUGGGAAUGUAGUACCUAAAUGGGUCAUUGAGACUAAAAUUACUGUGUUUCCAAGAUCUCAGAACUGAAGAUUGGAGAUAAAUUUAUUUACUCAAAAUCACACAGCCAGACAGCAGCAGCUCUGGGACUAGAACCUAAUCCCUAGCCCUCUGGUGAAGUGCUUUUUCCUCAAUACUAUAUACAAUUGGACCUCCAUAUCUGGGCAUUCCACAUGCACAAACUCAACCAACCUUGAGAAAAUAAAACAAUAAACAAUAGAAGUAAGAAGCAAUAUAGUAUAACAAUUACUUACAUAGCAUUUACAUUAUAUUAGGUAUUAUAAGUUAUCUAGAGGUGAUUUAAAGUAUAUGGGAGAAUAUGUGUAGCUUAUAUGCAAAUACUACACCAUUUUAUAUGUGGGACUUGAGCAUCUGCAGAUUUUGCUAUCUGCAGGGGUCCUGGAACCAAUCCCUGUGGAUACUAAGGAACAAGUGUAUUCUCUUCCAGAACAAAUGAAAAAGUAUUCCUUUUUGCUAGGCUAAAUCAGGUAUUUGGCCAUUCAGAUCUUUUCAGCAGCACAGAAGAGGGCAGCAUUGGGCUGUCAUUCCUGGGAACCAUUUGAUGGGGCUGGAAUGCUGGGAAUUUGACUUACCUCAUGGAUGCUGUCCAAACCUGGACUGAACCAGCAUUGUUAACACUGUUUGCCAUAGUAAGCCUCCUAGCACUUAGUAUCCCAGUUCUGAAAACUAGUCUGGGGUUGUUCCAUCCCUCCCAGAGCUAGCUCUGGCUGGGAAGUAUCUCGCAGAGGAAGCAGUAUGUAUGCUAAGCAUUGGAUUGCCAAAAGUCUGGGCAAAUCUGUCUUCUUAGAAUUCCAUUUGUAUAAUAAAUGAGGUGACGGUGAUUUUUCUCUUUACUUUCAAAGUGGAUCCAUUCGUUUUCUAUGAAGUUUUAACCUUUUUUUUUACAUUUAAUGUUUUCAAACUCCUAUAGAAUGAGUCAAGUCAACAAAAUCUCCCAUUUGUCAUGGGACUUAAAUGAAUGUGCUGAUAAAAUUCUGAUCUCUAUACAAUUUGAUAAUAUACAGUGGUUUCAAAUGCUUAGAAGCAAUUUAUGUUACUAACCAGUCGUGAGUUUACCUUAUUAGCUUAGCAAAUCCAGUAACUGCAAAGGUAAAAAACUGUAAACCAACACACAACCAAACUAUUGUGAAAUUUCAUAAAAUUCAAAUAACUGAAUUUUUACUAUAUAGUACAACUGUAUUUUUAUUUCAAUUUUUCAACAUUUUUACUGGUUUUCUAAAUAAGAGCUUACAUGUAUGUUUCUGCUAACUCAGGCAGUUCAAACGUAUGGUAAGUUCUAUUCGUUCAUUCCAUUUCCCAGAGGUAACCACUCUUCACAAGCUUCAGAUUGUUUUUACAUACAUAUACAAAUAUGUGUGUAAAAUAUGUAGGUUUCGUACUAUUCAUAUUGCUUAGUAUUUGCUUUUUGUAAAAUAUAUCGCAUCAAUCCUAUUUUUGGACAAUUCAAGUUUUAACGUAUCCAUCAAAGCAAAUUGGUACAUUUCAUAUUAUCACUCUUCCAUUUUAUUCAAAAAUUCAAAGAGAAAUAAAAGUUAUAAAAUUCAGUGCUUCUAGCAGGAGUCCAGAGGGAAGUACAGUUAAUUUUCAUUAAGACCGUCACCAGAGGUGAAAAUGUAACACCACAUGUGCUAUAAUUUUCCUUUAUAAUGGUUGGGGGGAAGGGAAGGGAGGUUGCCAGAAAUGAUGUUGUCAACAAGACCACGGGGACAAUUUUGUUUACUUAAAAAUACUAAGUGUUUUCAAGAACUUUAAAAACCUCAUUGAGGCCGGGCGCGGUGGCUCAGGCCUGUAAUCCCAGCACUUUGGGAGCCCGAGGUGGGUGGAUCACGAGGUCAGGAGAUCAAAACCAUCCUGGCUAACACGGUGAAACCCCGUCUCUCCUAAAAAAUACAAAAAAUUAGCCAGGCAUGGUGGCGGGCACCUGUAGUCCCAGCUGCUCAGGAGGCUGAGGCAGGAGAAUGGCAUGAACCUGGGAGGCGGAGCUUGCAGUGAGCCAAGAUCACGCCACUGCACUCCAACUGGGGCAACAGAGUGAGACUCCAUCAUCUCAAAAAAAAAAAAAAUUGAGAUUACUUUCUCCCAUUGAAGAGAGGCCUUAGAGCACUCUCUUAGGUAACAUUUGGUCUCUAAUAUAGUUGUCAGAAUUAAAGAUGGAUAAAUUUUUUAAAAAUGUAUUUUAUGACUCCCUGCUGUCUUUCCUAUCUAUUUAAUCAACUCCUAUCUAAUCUAUUCCUCCUAUUCAUUUUGGCUUAUUAUUUAUAAAUAGGGUUUUGCUUUUUGUAAGGCUAUUAAUCUAAGUCAAUGAAUCUAAGUCAAUGAAUACAUACUUGCAUGUAUUCACUAUGUUUAUACAUAUGCUUACUUCAUAGUCCUUUCAGAGAUUGUCCAAACAAUUCAAAAAUUAACUGGCAUCUUUUCCCACAGAAAGAUUCAUUCAGUACCUGCCCAAUAGGAUACCAUUUUAGGGAUUUUCCUGGGUUCUUUAAUUGUCUAUCACUCAAAGAGGUGUACAUUUCCAAAAGUUAGCUCAAAAAUAUUUGUCAUUCGUGUUUAAGCUAUAAGGAAAACUUUCAUUACUUUUUAUUGGCUUUUUUGCUGCCCUUAUGACUUUACUUUUAAAAUAAAAUUUUGGGUUUUCUCCAAACAUUUGAAACCACCAACCAUAGAAAAUACAAAUAACACUGCCAUUAAAAACUUGUUGCAAAUUUUAGCGUAUUUACACAAGACCUCUACAUUUUUCCAGUUUUUCUCCCCUCUCUUCACUGCGCUGAUUCAAACUUGUCAUAAGCAAGAUUGGAGAUGCACUAAACAAGAUCAAGAAACACCUUGUUUUAUUUUCAUUCCACCUAUACCACAGUGAGGAAAAACAAGUUAAAUGUCCCGCCCAUUGUCAUGAACUAUGCACCCACAAACUGUAAGAACACAAAAUCACUUUGUAAUAAGAAAAAAAAAAAUGAGAACAAAACUUUGCUAGCAAAACAAUAGUGUUCUAGUCUUUAUUCUGUUAUUUUGAACCAGAACUGCCUUUCUACUGAUUGUGACAUAUGGCAAUCAUAGAAUGUUCUCACCAUUGGCUGGCACUGACCAAAUUAUCAGAGCCACUAUCUUUUCCAUUCCAGUAACACAGAAUUAGAAUCUCACUUUUCCAGGAAGGCAGCUGUUUUUGUGAUUGGCCAUUUUCCCUAAAACAAAACCAAACCACAUCUGUACACUGCCAAGCAGCAUUAUCCAUUUCACGUUUUCAGUAAGAAGUUUGACUGACAGAUCAAUAGGUCCCUGGAAUACUAGUCCAUCCUUAAGAUCUUUAUCCUUGUUCUCUCGAACUGUAAGUGGCACAAAUCUUAAGUUAAACACAAAUGAAGGUAAUGUAUUGCGGAUAUGGUCCUACUUUUGCUGAGUAGUUUGUCGUGUUAUACAAUCAUAGAGCUAGUGGAGAGAUACUAUGGAGCCAUCUAAAUCCACCAAGCUGUCUAUGACAGGAAAAUAGGUGCCCACCCUGGAGAGUUAAGAAUGUAUUCUAUUUUUAAAACUCAUAGUGAGACCUUUCAGAGUUUCCCCUCCAAAAUUAGAUAACAAAUCAGAAAGCCAGAUUCUAACUCUGUGUUACUGGAAUGUAAAAGAUAGUGGCUCUGAUAAUUUUGUCAAUGCCAGCCAAUGGUGAGCACAUUCUAUGACUGCCAUAUGUUACAGCCAAUAGAGAUGCAGCAGUUCUGGUUUAAAAAUGACAGAAUAAAGACUAAAACACUAUUGUUUUGUUCUCAUUUUUUUUAUUACGAAACAACUUUGUGUUCUUAUAGAUUGUGGGUGCAUACAUCAGAAGAUAUCAUCUUAAAUUCCCUUGGUAUUGAUUUUAUCUAUUUUUUUGCCUAUGGCAAUGAAGAUACUUCAGUGUAUAAACUAUGUACUAUAUCCGACACAAUUAUUCUCACUUAAGAGCUAUGAAAGAUUCAGUCUUCAAGAUUCUCUCUGUACCCUCAACUUUUCUCAUAAUCUUUCAAAAAAUGUAUGUAUUAUCUUUAGUGAAUGAAUUUUUAAAUAAACCAGAGUGAUAAAUAUCAUGCCCAAACUAAGGUACUAUCUUAGUUCAAGUUAGAUAAAACUCAAUCCACAAAAAUCUCUAGAGAUUCGGUAGAACUAAUGAAGAAACAGUGCUUAAAGUGAGACGAUCUAAUCAGAGCUCUAAUCCUUGGCUAAAAUUUGUCUCAACAUAUGAAGCCUUUCAGUUUACAGUGUGUAACUGCAUCCUAUAAUUAUGUAUUUUCAAAUUCUUCCUUCUGGAAUCUGUUGCUAACCAUCACGCUUAUACAUACUUGAGGUUUAAUGCUUGAAUGUUGUUGACUGCUAAAUAACUGUCAGUGAAGUCAGCCUUUUUCCCUUGCACUGGAGUAGCAAGUAGAAUUUACGACUUAUUUCUCUAAAAUUCCAGAGCAUGUGUGUGGUGUUUGGAGUAGUGUGGAGAUUUCUCCAUCUAGUAUGUUGCUAAUCUUUAUGCCACAUCCUUUAGGGAGAGGAAGCAAAAAACAUUCCUGGUGAAUCUGUCACAGAAGAACAAUUUACUGAUGAAGAAGGCAACCUCAUCACCAGAAAAGUAAUCAUCA